AUGUCUGCCGUUUCCCCUAGGCCGCUGCGCUUCGUGCUGAUGGUGAUAUUGAUGGUAGCUCUGCUCAGCCUUUUCCAUUGUCGACCAUAUUCAAGCUCUCUCCCGGCUCUGCGAUGCGCUGCCCUAGAAAAUCAGGUUCAGAAUGUCGACUGGUCGCGCUAUGCCUACAUCCAAUAUGUCACCGGGACCGAUUACCUGUGCAACUCUGUUAUGCUUUUCGAGUCCCUCCACCGUCUUGGCAGCAAGGCUGAUCGAUUGAUGGUGUACCCAGAGGCCUUUUCCCUCAAGGGCGAUGAUACUUCAAAGGAAUCAAAGCUUCUUCGUAUUGCCCGGGACAAGUACAAUGUCAAACUGAAGCCUAUCCACGUUCAGCGCAGGCUCGGGAUCGACGACACGUGGGCAGAGAGCUACACUAAGCUUCUUGCAUUCAACCAGACCCAAUACGAUCGGGUUCUGAGCUUAGACUCCGACUCCACUGUUUUACGGGUGAGCCUUAUUACCGACAUGGCCGCACCUAGUAGUACUCCGUUAACCCAGGGGUUUACUCAGUCAAUGGACGAGUUAUUCGUACUACCAUCCUCCCCCGUUGCGAUGCCGCGGGCGUAUUGGUUAAAUCCGCACGACCGAACAUUGAGUUCCCACCUGGUCCUGAUCCAACCGUCCAAGUUCGAAUUUGACCGGGUCAUGGAAGCGAUCAACAAUGCCAGCUCGAAUGACUACGACAUGGAAAUCUUAAAUAACUUAUACAAAGACAGCGCCUUGGUUCUACCACAUAGGCCAUACGGCCUUUUGACUGGAGAGUUCCGGGGCGAUGACCACGCUGCAUACUUAGGCAAUAAACUAGAAACGUGGGAUCCAUAUAGGGUUCUCUACGAGGCCAAGUUUCUGCAUUUCUCGGACUGGCCUGUGCCCAAGCCAUGGCUCUCCGCUCCCAAACACCUCAUUGAAGAUAAGCGACCUAAAUGUCAAUAUAACCCGGAGACCAAGGAGGAAGACAACUGCGAUGCUUUAGAAAUUUGGUUGGAGAUUUACGAUGAUUUCAAGAGGAGACGAAAGGCCAUUUGCGACAGCGAAGGCGAUACUGCAUGA